ACUGCUCCAGAAGCAGCACAUUGCCUCCAAACAGUGACAAAACUAUUUAAGAAAACGAAGAAAAGUGAAAGAAGACAUUAUCAAGUAUUUGAAACGUUAUCAACUAUCUGACGUACCAACUCCAACAAGAGACCUAAGGGAGAUAAUUUCGAAAGCAAAGUGCAGGAGAUAAGUUACGUACAGAUCGUGUGAAGUCAUCGGUUCGUCUGCCAAGAAUACAAAAAAUCUCCUCUAUCCAUGGUUAUAAUAUAGUUACUUUCGAGAGUCAGUUUCUACGUAUGUAUGUGAUUUCUUGUCAGUAAAGCAACGGACAAAACAGGUCAACAAAUCAAGAUUACGAGAAAUUGUAGCCACAACUUUGCAAACACCAAUAAUGUUGAAGAAGAAAUGCAAACUAGGCCGUUACAGAUUUGGAUACAUGUCAAUACUGGUGAUCUUGAGCACUGUAACUAUGAUUUACCAAAUGAACAAGUUCGAACUAGUAACGUCACUGAUCAGCCAGCUAAACUACAAAACUGAACUACAAGACAUCCAGAGAAAGGAAUUCUCCUCACAUGCAUUAAAUCCUGUGAAGACAGCAGGCAGACAACUGAAAAAUAAACCCAAUAUAUUCAAUGCCAACUUGACGCUGAGUCAGUGGGAUUCUAGACAUUUGUUCAAAUUCUUGGAUUCUGUUUUGUCAGGUGAUAAAUUUGUGGAACUCUCAAAUAAGUACGAUGUGUGCUUAGCUACUCAAGGCUCAUUAGAGAAACUACAUUCUCUCGUGUCGGUGACAGAAAACUGGAGUGGUCCGGUAUCGGUUUCCGUUUUCACAGCAGGUGAAGAAUUUAUAUUAACUGAACUGUACAUAGCUUACAUGAGGCAAUGUUUUCCUCAGAUACGAGAUCGCAUCAGCUUUCAUUUAGCAUAUUCACCAGAUUAUCCACCGAUUAAGGAUCAUCAUAACCUUACAUUUAAUUAUGAACAAAGUUGCAAUAAUCCUGAGGCUGUACUUUCAGAUCUUUUGGAACAUCGGAAUCCAAAAACGGUAGAAUUGAUAAGUAAUAAGCUGUUGUAUCCACAAAACCAUCUUCGAAAUCACGCUCGAAGAAACUGUCAGACAAAAUAUGUUUACCUCACCGACAUAGAUAUAAUCCCGAGUACUGGAAUGGCUGACAAUUUACAAGAAUUCCUAAGACAAUCGCGGUGUGAGAAAUUGUGUGCUUACGUCAUACCAGUUUAUGAAAUCGACAAGAACGUCAGCUUCCCGCAGAACAAAUAUCAAAUUACAAACUUCGCAAAGGAAGGCCUGGCAAGACCAUUUCAUCAGAUGAUAUAUGUCAACGGUCAUUAUUCAACAAAUUACAAAAUGUGGGAGGAUAAUACACGAGACGUACAAGAUGCGGUCCAUGUGAACCACAAUGUGACUAAAUGCGCAGGGUGGUAUGAACCAUUUUAUGUGGCACAUGCUGCUACGCCUGAUUUUGACGAACGUUUUAUUGGCUACGGUUUCACUCGCAACACUCAGGUAUAUGAAAUGAUUGCUGCUGGUUACCAGUUCCAAGUUCUAUCGCCUAUAUUUUCCUGUCACUGGGGUCUUCAGAAUAUUACAGAAGUCUAUAACCCAUGGCGGAAGAAGCAAGUUUUCAUGAACUCUAGACUGAUUACGACAUUUAAAUCCGAGAUAGAUGCCCGACAUCGUAAUGUGGCGCAAUUCCCCGCACUUCCCCUACAUGCUGACAGCCGUCAAACGAGGUCGGACUGGAGGACACAAAUACCUGCUACACAGACCCUCGAACUUGGACGCAUUCCUUGACAAAUAAACGGUAACACAAAGUUGAAA